UCAUAAUAUACAAGUUUGGCAUACCCCAGCUAAAGAGUUUGAUGAAUCAUGUCUUGUUCCUACUGUAGGACAUAGUCCUGGUCUUAUGUUCUGGGAUUCUCCAGACUUACCUACAAGCAUUGAGAACUUAGAAAUUAAAGUUAAAGCUGCCUGGUAUUCGAUUCUAUCUAAAUGUUAUCGCAAGUUAUCUAAUAGUAUGAUUAGACGAGUAAAAGCAUAUUAUGGUGCUGAUG